AUGACCGACGUCCAGAAGACCCCCCCUGCCGGCGCCUGGCCCUGGAGCAAGGGCAAGGAGACGCGCCAGGAGUACUUUGACGACGGCGACGACAAAAACGGCAAGAAGUCCAAGGAGGGUGGCGGCGGCGGCGGCGGCGGCGGCAGCGACACCAACAAGAGCCAGACCCAGAAGUCGACCACCAGCUCCUCCUCCAAGCAGCAGCCCAUCAAGAUGAAGGACAACGACGCCCAGAGCAAGGCGACGACGACCAACGCCCCGAGCAAGGCGGCCAAGAGCGCCGCGGGCGGCGGCGCAAAGUCGACCGCCACGGGCGCCGCCGGCCAGGCCAAGAGCAAAGCCAAGGGCGCCGCGCCGAGCGACGCCGGCUCCAAGGCCAAGGGCACCGCCAGCACCGCCGGCUCCAAGGCCAAGGGCGCGGCGAGCGAGACCGGUUCCAAGGCCAAGGGUGCGGCGAGCGAGACCGGCUCCAAGGCCAAGGGCGCCAUGAGCGACGUCCAGGAGGCGUCCGGCGAGACGACCUCGGAGGCCCUGAACGAGCCCACGCCCAUGACGGGCCAGGAGGCCGGCGAGGACGUCGAGGAGGAGUUCGAGGAGGGCGCCGACGAGGGCGCCGACGACGAUGCCGACGAGCAGGGCCAAGCCGCGCUCGCGGAGCUCCAGGAGGGUCUCCGGCAGGGCCAGGAGGGCGAGAGCGGCGGCCUCGAGAUGCCUGACGACAUCCAGCCCGAGGACUCGGUGUCCCGCAUCAACGAGCAGGUGCCCGAGGACGAGAUCCCCGAGGAGGCUCAGGACGCGACCUCCAAGGCCGACGAGGUGCAGGAGGAGGCCGGGUCCAAGGUCGACGAGACGCAGGAGCAGGCCGGUUCCAAGGUCGAGGAGACCCAGGAAGAAGCUGGCUCCAAGGCCGAUGAGGCCCAGGAGGAUGCCGGCUCGAAAGCCGACGAGGCCACGGGCGAGGCUCUGACCAAGGUUGACUCUGCCAAGUCUGGCAUCGAGGAUGCUGGCGAGGAAGCCAAGGAGCAAGGUGAGGAGACCGCCAAGGAGGGCGAGGAGACUGCCAAGGAAGAAGGUGAAGAAGUCACCAAGGAAGGUGAGGAAGCCGCUAAAGAGGGCGAGGAUGUUGCCAAAGAAGGAGAGGAAGCCGCCAAGGAGGGAGUCGAGGGUGCUGAAGGUGAGGUCGCCGAGGCUGAAGAACCUAUCGACUUCACCGUCCUCAAGGGCGGCACCGUCAACAAGGGCGGCAACGUCAUGCUCGACGGCAAGGUCGUCGGCCGCGUCAAGGAGGGCGUCCUCGCCCACCUCGUCAACAAGAAGGUCGACGAGGAGGGCGCCAUCUGGAACGACAACGGCAAGGUCAUCGGCCGCGCCGAGCCCAUCCCCGCCGACGAGCUCGAGGACAUGGACAAGGAGGCCGGCCCCUUCGCCGCCUUCCCCGACGCCCUCGUCAACGCCAAAGGCGACGUCGUCUUCAACGACGAGGUCAUCGGCAAGGUCGUCGAGGGCGACAUCAAGAAGCUGCGCGGCAACAAGGUCGACCCGGACGGCGACAUCCUCGACAAGAACGGCAACGUCAUCGGCAAGGCCGAGCGCUGGGAGGAGGAGGAGCCCGAGGCCGAGCCCGAGAAGGACAACUCGAUCCUCGCCGGCAAGCGCGUCAACAAGGCCGGCAACGUCGUCGACAGCAACGGCCAGAUCUUUGGCCGCGUCGUCGAGGGCGACAUCAAGCGCCUGACCGGCCGCAUGUGCAACAAGGACGGAAACGUCCUCAGCGAGAGCGGCGACAUCAUCGGUCGCGCCGAGGUCAUCCCCGAGGGCGACCGCGAGGGCUUCAAGGAGGGCCCCUUCGCCGAGCUCGAGGGCUGCACCGUCGGUCAGGACGGCAAGGUCGUCACGCCUGGCGGCGAUGUCGUUGGCCGCCUUGUCAGCGGUGACCCCAAGGCGCUGAAGGGUCGCCCUGUUGAUGACGACGGCGACAUUCUCGACAAGAACGGCAACUCUAUUGGAAAGGCCGAGCGUUGGGAGGAGCCCGAGGUCGAGAAGAAGAAGAACCCCAUGUCUGGCCGCCGUGUCAACAAUGAGGGCAACGUCGUCGACGAGGACGGUAACCUCAUCGGCAAGUUGACCACCGGAGACUUGAGUAUCUGCAUCGGCAAGGAGAUCGACGAUGAUGGAGACGUCAUCGACCAGAAGGGCAACACCAUCGGCCACGUCUCUCUCAUGUCUGAGAUUAAGGAGGAGGAGCCGACCGAGACGGAAGAGGAGAAGAAGAAGCGCGAGCUGGCCGAGAACGACAAGGAGCUCGCCAAGAGAAUGGCAUACGCCAUUCAGGGUUGCCUGGACAAGGUCAAGCCAGUCUGUGACAUGAUCACCCAGAAAAUCGAGGCUGCUGAGCGUCAGCCCAAGGAGGAGCUUGAUGAAGAACAGCUCGUCAAGGAUGUGCGCCCCUUGAUCGAAGAGGGCGGCAAGAUCCUCCAGGAGGCCAACGGCUCGAUCCGUGGCCUCGACCCCGAUGGCCACAUCCAGGCCAACGCCAAGUCCAGGACUGCUUCCCGCGAGGCCAGCCCCGAGGAAUACCACCUCGCCGACCUCCUCAAGGAACUCACUGGCACCGUCACCAAGACCAUCGAGAACGCCAAGAAGAAGAUCGAGGGCAUGCCUCACGCCAAGAAGGAGCUCAAUCCUCUCUGGAACCUUCUUAGCGAGCCGCUGUUCCAGAUCCUUGCUGCCGUCGGUCUCCUGCUGAACGGUGUGCUGGGCCUAGUCGGAAGACUCUUGAGCGGUCUCGGUCUUGGUGGUCUUGUCGACAACCUUCUCGGCGGCCUCGGCGUGAAGCAGAUCCUUCAGGGACUUGGCUUGGGUAGUGUCACUGACUCUCUUACCGGAAAGGGGGGGAAGAAGAAGUCUGGCGGCGGUCUUCUCGGCCUCGGCGGCUAA